AUGGAACUUGAUAUUUUACAUAAAUAUGCGUUGAAAAUUUUGACGCUAUUUCUGGUGAACGCAAUGGUUCUGCGGAUGACAAUUUGUCAAGAUGAAAUCGAUUAUAGCAAUGAAGAUAAUGCGUACGAGGAAGACUACGGUUCAUUUAUUGGUGUCAAAUAUGAGAAUAAUGACGACCGAUUACCUGUCAAGGCAAACACUGUAGCAAAGAAAAUUACUCGUGAAGCCUUGAAGUGUGAUGAAAAUCAACUGAUGACCUACUUAGCUGAACUACAAAUUACAAAUCCAGAAAGUCUACUCCUUAUUGCAUCGUAUAAAGACCUCGAUCAUCUUUGUAGAAGAAUUGCUGGUAAUUUGGAUUCGAUUGACAUGUUUCUGCAGACAUGCAUACCCUUGCCUCAGGACCAUCUUUACAUGCAACUCAUUGCAGGGCUGCGUAUUCUCAGCACUAAACUUUGCGUCGAAUCUUCUUAUCAGGAAAGCUAUCAGCAAUAUCUUUCAUGUUUUCAUGAGCUACACACCGAAUACAUAGAUUGCGCAGGGCCUGCUGAUUGGACUGAGAAUAUGGCCCAUAAUGAACUAUGCAAUGAAUACAAGUCGAUAGCAGACUGCUAUUACACGAAGAGUGCGAUGCUCUGUGGAAUAAAAGCAGCAAAAAUAAUGAAAGAGUUAGUUGUCAGAGUGAUAAAUGGGAUCAUCGAUACUCAUUGUCCAGAAGUCCGAAAAAAUCCAACAAUACUAAAUCCGAUGCCCGAACGAGUUUCUUCGAAAGGAACUAUUGCGAGGUGUUUCGUUCAUAACCUGAAUCAUAUAUUGACCUGGAUGACGAAGCUAUUAUUUUACUAAUUCGAUAGAUU